AUGGUGUGGUUUUCUCAAUGCAUUCUGAGGCAUUCAUUUCAUUUGUGGCUGGCAUUUAGAAAUAAAUUAAAAGCUCAGGAUCGACUGGCAGUUUGGCAAGUGGGUAGUCGAACGAAUUUGAAUCUAAUGUGUUGUCCGCUGUGUAAUUUUGAUCGUGAUAGUCGGGACCAUUUGUUUUUCCAAUGUUCUUUUGCGGCUCAAGUGUGGAGUAACGUUAAGAACUUGGUAAAUUUGGGGAAUGUGGAUAAUACGUGGCCUUCGUUAUUAGUUUGGGUGGAACAACACUCUAGCUCCAAGAAAGCAGAUCAUGUUAUUUGCAAAUUGUUGAUUGCUGCUUCGUCUUAUUACAUCUGGCAAGAGAGGAAUAACAGGCUUUUCAAGAAUAAUAAGAGGUCGGUGGCUCAAGUUGUUGAGACAAUUAAAAGCUCGGUUCGUUUGCGCCUGAUGGGGUUCAGAUUUCGGGUGGCUUUGGCUAAGGAGAAGAUUUUCAAGAUUUGGAAGAUUGAAGAGAUCAAAGACAAUGUAGCGGAUUCGGGCUAG